UAUAAUUGAAGCAAAUAUGUCAAUGUUCAAAGGAGUAUCAAAACGAAAUACAGGUCUUAAAAGGAAGGAAAAUACCACAUCUGUCAAAGCAUCAAUGUCUAUGCUUGAGAGUAGGAAUGAGGCUCAUUGCCGUGUAAAUUCAGUUCUGAUUAAAGCUGAUAAAAAUAGUAAUGAUCAAAUGACUGUUAAAAAUAAUUCUAAAGGCUCUGCUUAUAACCAGAUCCUUUCAAGAUUGACCAAGAAGUCAAAAUAAGUCUUCUGUUAGGAAUGGAACUCUAAACAAGGUAAAAGCACAAGCUAAAACUUCAAAUGAGACUCAACAAAAAGCUAAGUUUAAAAAUGCCAAUGAUAAGUACAAAAAGAGCUGUAUCCCGUUUCAAGUUGAUUUAUCAGAAAGCAAUGAUGAUCUAAAAGGUAAAAGAAAUAGGAGUUUGACUAGCUCUUUCAAGAAAAGGAAAGGAAUGAGGAUACCCUCUAAGAAGUCUUUAAUUUCUUCUCCUGUGAAGAAGCCAACUAAUGCUAUUGCAAGACCUAAAACUAGUCGAAGUAGGAUUAAAAAUAUUGGCAUGCAUAGUUUUAAGACUGAACAAACGAUAAAGCCUUCGACCAGGUAUGAUAACGCUAUUGAAGAGGAUGAUUUCACUGAAAAGACCCCUCCAAGUACUUGAAUAGAGCGAUAUGAAAAUAUGCUGAAAGAAGUAAACAACGAAUUUCAAACCACUUUAAAGAAGAAUUCUGAACUUUAUGAGCAAGUCGGCAACUUGGAAAUCAACCUUAGAAAAGCAGAAAAUGAGCUAUCCAAAAUACAGUAUUCUCUAGAUUUGAGUAAUAAAGCCAAGAUCGAAAGUGAAAAAGAGAUUGAGAAAGAACGAAGCAGCUUUGAGAAAGCAACACAAAGGCUUAGCCAUCUUGUACAAGAGAAGAAUGAUGAAAUUAGGAGAUUAAAGUCAGUCCAACUCGAUCUUGAGAACAAACUCCUACAAACCCAAAAUAGUAGUAUGAAAUCUACAGAGACUCAUAAUGAUCUUCAUUCAAGGAUUACUAAAUUAGUCCAAAAAGUCACUGAUUUAGACAUGCAACUUGGCCAGAAAGAUGAAGAUAUGCAUCGCUUGAACAUGACUAAUGAAUCUCUACAUAAAGAGAUCAAGCAAUGUAAGCAGAAAGAAUCAACUCUUGAAUAUAAAAUUGGUGUUUCAAAUUCUGAAAACUCUGCUUUAAAAGCUGACAAUGACAUAUUAAGGAGCGAGAAACUCAAAGCAGGAAUAAUUAUCAAGGAAAAUUUGACUGAAGUGGAAUCAUUAAAGAGAGAACUUACUCUGACUCAGAAUAAUCUUAAAUUCUGUCAGAAGAAUGAGGAUCAAUGAAAAGACGAAAAUUUUAGCCUCCGAUCCAAGCUACAAAAGUUGGAAAGGGAGGAGCUUAGAUAUAGAGAUCAAGUUGAAAGUUUAAAAUUUGAGCAUGAUUCAUUCAUUUCCAAAUUAGUCGCUCUUGAGGAGGCAAUUGUGAAAGGUUUAUCUGAUCAAACAUUAAUAAGAUCUAAACUUAGCUCAAUUAUCAACACUUUCAGGGUCAGCGGUCACAGUAGUAAACUUCUUAGUCAUGCCAAACCUGAAAGAUUUGUUUAUGAAAGACCUAGGCAAGAACUGGCGAGGUUCAGAUCCUUGACUGAAGAAAAAAUUCCGGUCAGAGCUAAAUUAAGAGAUUUGAACACAAAGAAUGAAAGUGCUAAACAGAAAGUAGAUCCAAUGGUAAUGAAGCCAGCAGGGAAGAAGUCCAAUCACGAAGUUGAUCUUAGAACUGAUAGUAUUGAAUACCUGGAUAGGAAUCGUGCUAAAACUUAUGGUGAAAAGAGCUCCUUUUCUGAAAUACAGAAAUUUGAGUCAAGUCAGAGUGGUAAAAUCAGAGACUCUUUCCUUAGUUCAAGGAGUAUUUUGGGCGAAAGUCUUGGAAUUAUUACUGAGAAAAAUUUGAGUGAAAUAGGUAGUCAGUAUUCCCCAGUUGUGGAGUCCUCAAAACCUUCAGUAGGAAUUACCGAAAUGAGAAGUAAUUGGGAGCAAAGGAGAAUUGGAAAUGUAUUUGAGUUAGAUUCUCAGAGGGAAACAAAGUGUUUAACAAAUAAAGAGCUUUAUGAAUCAAAGAAUAUAUUCCCGGGUGAAAGCAGACAUCCUUCAUUAGGAGAGAAUGAAGUUGACUCUAUCUUAAGAACUUAUGAGGAAAGACAUAAGCCUUACGAAUGGCAGAUCUCGAAGGCUCAGAUUGAUCUUAGCAGGGAGUAUCAAUCAAAUUUUUAACAUUCAAAUUCAGGUGAAC